AUGAUUAUCACCGGUGAUGAUGCAAAUGGGAUAACGAAGUUGAAAACGCACUUGACUCGUGAAUUUGAGAUGACAGAUUUGGGUUCCCUAUGGUACUUUUUAGGGAUAGAAGUAUCUUACUCUCCUCGUGGCUAUCUUCUUUCUCAAUCUAAGUACAUUGCUGAUAUUCUCGAUCAGGCUCGUCUCUCUGAUGCUCGCACUGUUGAUACCCCUCUUGAGCUUAAUGCCAGGUAUUCUUCAUCUGAUGGUGUUGCCUUGUCAGAUCCCUCUCUAUAUCGCACUCUAGUUGGUAGCUUAGUGUACCUUACUAUCACCAGGCCAGACAUCGCUUAUGCAGUUCACAUUGUCAGUCAGUUUGUUGCAUCUCCCACUACCGUUCAUUGGGCAACUGUGCUUCGUAUUCUUCGAUAUCUUCGGGGAACUAAAUUUCAGAGUCUGCUUUUUCCAUCUACGUCAACUUUAGAGUUCCGUGCCUACUCAGAUGCAAAUUGGGGUGGUGAUUGUACUGAUCGCAAAUCUAUCACUGGUUUUUGUAUAUUUUUGGGAGAUUCUCUUAUUUCUUGGAAGAGUAAAAAACAGAUUGUUGUCUCUCGAUCGUCUACAGAAGCAGAAUAUCGUGCCAUGGCCUCCACUACCGCUAAAAUUGUUUGGUUGCGUUGGUUACUUGCUGAUAUGGGUGUUAUUCUCUCAGAUCCCACUCUGAUGCAUUGUGACAAUGUUAGUGCUAUUCAGAUUACUCGCAACUCCGUUCUUCAUGAGCGCACGAAACAUAUUGAGAUAGAUUGUCAUCUUACUCGUCACCACUAUCAGAAUGGGACCAUCACUUUACCAUUUGUCACUUCCGCUAUGCAGAUUUCCGACUUGUUUACGAAGGCUCAUACUAUUUCUUGUUUUCGUUUCUUAGUUAGAAAACUCUCGAUGCUUCCCGCAAAUGCAUCGUGA